GCAGGCGGGAGUGAGAUAUGUAAUAAGAUUCAAGACUCUUUUCUUCAUAACUUUUAAUUACUAUACUGUAACCCUAUAAUCACCUUCCAGCAGAAGGUAACUGAUUUAUCAGAUCUAAAUCUAAAUCAAGUGAUCAAAUCUAAAUCUCGAUCGUCUCAAUCAAUUGAUCAAAUCUAAAUCUCGGUCAUCUGAGUAAAAAAUCUAUAUCUCGAUCGUGCAACUUCUGACGGCGUAUAGAAGAUGGCAGGUUUUUAGAGGAGAGCGGAUUCAAAGAAUAUGCUUUUUUUUGUGUGAGAAAGUCAUCGAUGAUUCAGUUCAAGACGAAGCUGGAUAUGUCCAUGGUUGCUAAUUCCAAAGAGAUCGUUGUCAUUUUAGGAUUGAAGGCAGCUGGUUUGAGCGAUCAUGCGCCAUAUAUGCCAGAGACACCAAUAAUGUCAUUGCUCAACUUUACUCAAUGGAUUCUACUACUAAUUGGAUUAAUUCGAUCUUUGUUGAGCUUUUACAAUUUUGAAUGCCAAGAAAGCCGUUGUCAAAUUCGACCUUUUCAAACAUGGAUGUAUUCCAGAUUACUCCCUACAGCUAUUUCACUUAUAGCAAGAAAAUGUCGACAGCUCCUCUGAUAUUAUUCAAAUGAACGGAUGCUCGAAGACGGUGGUGCUGAUAGAUGCGAGCAGACUCGGAGAAACAAACUGCUACAUUGGUAGAACAAGCGAAAAGCCUUCAGUCAACAAUUCCUACAAAUGAAAAGAAGCUAAGGAUAGAUUAAGCAAUGUAGACUCCAUGAAGUGUGUAAAACAAUUUUAUUUAAUUGAGUACAUUUCUGAAUUUCA